AUGGCCUCCGCAAAGUACUUCCACGACGACCACACCGAGCACAUCCUCCAGGCAAAGUUCGGCACCCGUGCCAUCCACGCCGGCCAGCACCCCGACCCCGUCACCGGUGCCGUCAUCCCCCCUCUCUCACUCUCGACCACCUUCAAGCAGCAUAGCGCCGGCGAGCACAACGGAUUUGACUACUCCCGCUCUGGAAACCCUUCCCGCCUUGCCUUUGAGACGGCCGUUGCUUCUUUGGAGGGCGCCAAGUACGGUUUGGCCUUCUCGUCCGGAUCGGCCACCACUGCCACCAUCGUUUCGUCCCUCCCCGCCGGAUCGCACAUCGUCUCUGUCAACGACGUCUACGGAGGCACUUACCGCUACUUCACUAAGGUUGCUUCGGCCCUCGGUGUCGAGGUCACCUUUGUCGAUCUCGCUGAUGCCGCCAACGUUGCCUCGGUCAUCCGCCCCAACACCAAGCUCAUCUGGGUCGAGACCCCCACCAACCCCACCCUCCGUUUGGUCGACAUCAAGGCCGUUGCCGAGAUUGCCCACAAGAACAACACCAAGUUGGUUGUCGACAACACCUUCAUGUCUCCCUACUUCCAGAACCCUCUCUCCUUGGGCGCUGACAUUGUUGUUCACUCUGUCACCAAGUACAUCAACGGACACUCUGAUGUUGUGAUGGGUGUUGCUGUUACCUCGGACGACGAGAUCUUCACCAAGUUGGCUUUCUUGCAGAACUCGAUCGGAGCUGUCCCCUCGGCUUUCGACUGCUUCCUCGCCAACCGUGGUUUGAAGACCCUCCACUUGCGCAUGCGCCAGCAUGCCGCCUCUGCCCAGGCCAUUGCCGAGGCUCUUGAGGCUUCCCCCCGUGUCGAGAACGUCAUCUACCCCGGUUUGCCCUCGCACCCCCAGCACGAUCUUGCCAAGCGCCAGCAGAAGGGUUACGGAGGCAUGAUCUCGUUCAGGAUCAAGGGCGACCUUGCCACUGCCAACGCCUUCUUGCGCAACGUCAAGUUCUUCACUUUGGCCGAGUCCCUCGGAGGUGUCGAGUCCCUCUGCGAGUUGCCCGCCACCAUGACCCACGGAUCCGUCUCUGCUGAGGACCGUGCCACUCUUGGAAUCACCGAGAACUUGAUUCGUCUUUCUGUCGGUAUUGAGGACACUGAGGAUUUGGUUGACGAUGUCUUGGCUGCCCUCGAGGCUGCCGUCAAGCUGUAA